AUGAGCACUUCUUCCGUCAGCUCAUCAACCUCUACUGUGGCUAGCUCUUCGACGACACCCAGUACUUUGUCAACAGCGGGCUCCACAUUGACAGGCAGCUCCUCCUCCGCUACUGGAGUCAGUUCUUCGACGUCUUCAGCAAUGAGCUCCUCUUCAUCAGUCAGCUCCUCUUCCACAGAUGGCAGCAGUUCAGCUUCCUCCGGAGUCGGCUCAACCUCAACUUCAACAGCUAGCUCCUCUGGGGCGACUAGCUCUUCUACUAGCCAGACAGUUAGCCCUUCUACUACAGCACCCGGCUCCUCUACUUCCUCGACAACUGGCUCUUCAUCAGCGACGAGCUCUUCGGGAACAGUCAUAUCCUCUACAACAGGAGUCAGCUCUUCUGCCUCCUCUGUGGUCAGCUCAUCAUCAACAACAUCCUCCCAAAGCCUUCCCUCCUCCACCAUCCAGACAGUUACCUCCGCCACCACCGGGCCUGGCUCCUCAUUCCCUCCAACAACAAGCUCUUCUUCAACGACUAGGUCAUCUUCGACUAGUAGCUCCUCUGCGACGAUCAGCUCCUCCCCAACGCAGUCAGUGAGCUCCUCUGCUACUCAGACUACCAGCUCUAUCGCCACCACCUCUGGAACCUUUUCAACAUCCGUUGUCAGCACGUCCUCGCUGCGAACCAGUUCCUCCAGCUCCACAACAUCUUCAGUACGGGUCUCGUCCAGCUCAACAACGCGCGGGACGCCAACUACUCCGAUCCCCCAAACUUCAUCGUCAUUCACCGGCUGCCUUGUGACAACGUCGGCCACAGCCGCUCCGCAGUGCGGUGUCACUCUUCCAGGAACCUGCGCCGACUUGCCCAACACCAACGGCCUCCUGCCCCUGACUGGGGUCACGGCAUCUUGCCUCCUGGACCUCGGCCCCUUUGGCGUCGGCCCUGUCGCCACCUGUCUCUUGAACAUCGACAUCCUCAACCCUCGCGGUCAGCCCAUCGCAGACUGCCUCCUCCGCACGCUCAGGGGAUCCUGCCCUGGAGCUCUCCCCCAGCCCUGCAUCGAUCUCCAGCUUGUCAACGGCCUGGACCUGCUCGUCGACCUUCCGGCGUGUGUGGCCGCCCUUGGUCCCUACAGCUCCGGCGCAACGGCGGUCUGUCUCGCGGUGAACUCGAUCACGAGCGCCACGACAGGCUUGUCGAUCUUUGGGUGUCUCCAGGGUAGCUUCAAUCCCCCACCAACGGUCGUGACGGUCACCGAUCCGGCCCUCUGCCCGCCGGCUCCAACGCCUACCAGAUGUGCCACCCCUUCGCUGCCCCAACAGUGUUUGAGUCUCUCUACGGUCAACGGCUUAGAUCUGCUGGUUGACAUACCGGCAUGCGUCCAGGCUCUUGGCCUUUAUGCCGUCGGCGACGUCGCAACUUGUCUCGUUACCAGCGUCAUCGACACGCUCACGUCGGGACAAUCGAUCGUCAGUUGCCUUCAGCGCUCGCUAGGCUCGAGAUGCGUUACAUCCUUGCCGCAGGUCUGUCUGGAUUUGAGCGUGUCAAACGACGCAGUGACCGCCGACCUCUGUCUCACCCUGCUGGGUCCGUUGUCUCUGGGCGUUGCUGGAAGCUGUUUUACCUCCGGUCUCACAAGUGGUGAUGCGAUUGUCCAGUGUUUGAAUAAUGUGCUGUUUCCAUGA